AUUGUUUUCUAUGGGAUAUGCAGGUAAAGCCAUCAACAUUACAGUCGACUUUAUGCACAACCAGUGCUAACAGCUGUGAAACGGCAGCUAAUUCCAUUGAGACGACCACUCAUUUGUUGCGAACCAAGAGAUGUACAAAUCAUGACCGGAAGAGAAUCCCUGGCAAUACAUCGGACGCCGAAGAAGUGACUAAAAAAGUAGACAAUGUAUUAGAAAAUGAAUUAAAGAUCGCCGACAAGAGAGACAUAAGUAUUACUGUCAGCCAAACGACCGCCACUUCACUCACGAGCGAACCCACGCCAGAGAUGAGCGUUUGUACCAACUCUUCAGCCAAUGAUACCAACUCUACGAUGAUCUCCAAUACGCCCAACAAUACCAAUGAAUGCGUUGUCGUCAACAGCGAUGUCCACGAAGAGUCUCAUCAGGAAAAGAGCCGUCACUUGAAAUCUAAUCAACCUAAUAAUCAAAUGCCGAACAAAACGGAAGAGGAGUUACGACGAGCCCUUCAGCAACAGUUGGAGUACUACUUCUCGCGGGAGAACCUGUCGCGAGACACGUAUCUGAUCUCUCAGAUGGACUCGGAUCAGUACGUGCCGAUCGCCAUUGUGGCCAACUUUGACCAAAUCAAGCGCCUCACAGACGACCGGCAACUAGUGGUCGAUGUGUUGCGUCAGUCGCCGUCCGUUCAGGUGGACGACGGGGGAGAGAAAGUGCGACCCCUUCACAAGCGCUGUGUACUUAUACUCCGGGAGAUCCCGGAGUCGACGACCGCGCAGGACAUCUCGAAUCUGUUCCACGGCGGAGACAACUGUCCGAAGUUCGUGUCGUGUGAGUUUGCGCACAACCAGAGCUGGUACGUGACCUUCGAGAGUGACGACGACGCGCAGCAGGCCUUGAGAUACAUACGCGAAGACAUCAAAGUGUUCCCCACGACCGGCAAACCCAUUAUGGCUCGCAUUAAAGCCAAACCCAUUGUCCACUCGGUGGCCAACAACUACAAUAAGAACGGAUUCCGCCCACCGGUCGUAGUCGGCGGCCCUCCCGCAGCCACUGUCGCCCCCACCGCUGUGGUGGUGAACGCGGCCAACACUGGCAUAUCAAACACCGGCGCCGCCCCUAACGACACGCCCUUCACGUCGACGGCCAGCGCGCAGCCAAUUAUCGGCUCUCAACCCAACUUCACCACUGGUUAUGCAAACGUGCCUACAGUCAACUUCAACCCCUCCCGGCAGAUAUACCCGCCCUUCUAUCCGCCAUCUAUGCUGCAGGCGUGGACGCCCACCACUCAGGCUUGUUAUGACUUGAGCACCGUAUUUGUGGCCAACGACUAUCGCGACGCCAAAGACAUGAGGAAUCGGAUCCGAAGGCCGCGAAAGGAGGACAACGAGAACCCAAUUAGUCAUAGCAGUGAUAGUUCCAGUGCUCCCAAACCCCCCGUCGCCCCCACGACCGCCGCUUCCGCCUCAAGACUUGUGGCGUCCGUAACGGCGCACAACGAGCCCUUCGACCUGAAGGCCCAGUCCUUCCCUCCUCUGCCCAGUUGUGCAACGAUUCGCUCAAAUGAUGGCAAANUGAUUUAA